AUGACUUGCUCAUUUUCCCUUUUACAACAUGUGGCAGGGCCAUUAUAUCCUAUAAGUAUGAAUGUCCUGGGGACAGUCGUUCCCAAGUGGCUCUUAACAGGUGCUAUGGGCUGGGUAGGAUCAGUUGGACAAGCCGGUGGAGCUCUCUUUCCGUUCUUGACGGGCACACUGAUUCAAAAGUACGGUGUCCAUAUUCUUCAACCUGUACUUGUUGCGCUACUUGGAGGGAUGGCGGUAUCUUGGGCUGUGAUUCCUUUGAGCACCAAGGGGCGUGGCGAUUAA